AUGGACAUCAAGGCGAAGGUAGAGUGCCACUGCAAAUUGACGUCCUUCUCGGUCCCAAUCCCGUCUUCCUCACUCCCAUUGAAAGCAUCUAUAUGUCACUGCCACUCCUGCCGACAUAGCUCCGGGCAGAUCUUUGCGACCUGGGCAGUGAUUCCUUUGCCUCUGCCAGCAGACAUAGUGGAGAGUGGCAAUUUCGUGAAAUACGCAGUCUCGACAUGCGAGCGUUGGUCAUGCAAACGAUGUGGUGCAAGCGUCAUCAAUGUCGACAAGGCAAGCGAUCCGCCAGAGUGGGAAGUGGCUACUGGAGUACUCAAUUUUGAUGAUGCUAGCGGCCUCGAAGGAAAGCUGAAUCGGGUCCAACUCUGGGUAGCAGAUGUGAAGGGCGACGGAGGUGCAGUGGGUUGGAUCAACAAGGGCAGACUGAAAGGCAUGGACAGGCGCUGGAAGUCGCGGCGGAGUGAUGUGGUCAGUGAUGAGACUGUCAAAGAACUCAUGACGCCACAAGCAAGGGUUGCCGGAGACAACGACGAACGGCUUCCUGUGCAGUGUCGCUGUCAGAGUGUCCAGUUCGAGAUCAAGAGACCAGAUAAAGACUACAACGCCGGAACUGGGAAGUUCGACGCCUGCCUUGAUGCUUGCGAUUCAUGUCGUGCUGUCACCGGGUUUGAGAUCACCUCCUGGACGGCUGUGCCGAAAGUUUGCGUCGUCGUCGAACCACGUCUGGACACCUUUCUAGAGGACAGGUCAAAGCUCGGGCACUAUCAGACAAGCUCAAACAUAAGUCGGUAUUUCUGUCUGAAAUGUGGUGCGGCUGUAUUUUACUACAAACAUGGUGGCCAGACGAUUGACAUCGCGACAGGGCUUUUGGAGUCCAAAAUCGAAGGAGCUGUGCGAGUCGAGGCAUGGCUUGAUUGGCAGAAGGCGUUCAAAGAGGCCUACGAGAUGGGCGAUUCGCCCGAGUUUGUCUUGUUCCGGGACGAUGCAGUGGAUGAUCAGUUCGUCAGUGAUGUGGCGGAAGGGAUGAGAUUAUGGCACAAGGAGAGAGGAGGCUGA